CGUCUUGUAAGAUGCACGAUUUAAUGAAUGCGCUAGCCUGCAUGGUUGCUAAACCGGAGUACUCUCGAGGAAUUUGUUGGCCAUGAUCGUCAAUUGGUGAAAGAACCCGUCAUGUGUCGUGGUAUUCAACUUUAGAUUUAUCACGGGGACUUCCAACUACUGUAUUCGGAGCAGAACAUCUGAGGACAUUCAUCAAAAUGGAUCAAACAAAAAGCUCGAGGUGUCAAGCUCAAAUGGGUGAAAAAACUCUUUGCGAACUUAUUUCUAUAUUCAAGUUCUUGCGCACCUUGAAUUGCUAUGAUAGUGGUAUUGAGAAGUUACCAAGUUCCAUUUGUGAGUUGAAGCACUUGACAUUUCUAGAUCUCUCUAAAAAUGAAGGAAUCAUAAGGCUUCCUGAUUCUGUGACAAGAUUGCAAAACUUGCAAGUACUUAAACUCAACAUGUGUUGCAAGCUAAUAGAGUUGCCAAGGGAUAUAAGAAAAUUGGUCAACCUCAGGCAACUGGAGAUUAGCAACUGUAAUGCCCUAUCUCAUAUGCCACAUGGGUUGGGCCAGUUGACUCUUUUGCGCACUUUAACAGAUUUCCUUUUGCCUGGGGAUGAUUAUUGUCCAAAGAAUUAUGGUGGGCUGGGGGAGUUGAACAGGUUAAGCCAUUUGAGAGGAUGUCUGAAUAUCGAAGUUAAGGGAGAAAAAGAAGAUGCAGUAGCAGAAUCAAAUGCUGCGAACUUGAAGGAAAAGGAUUCCUUAGUUUCACUAGUAUUAGUGUUUGCCGGGAAAGGAAGUGAUGAAGUUCUACUCAAAGAGCUGCAGCCAAGCUUAAAUCUUCGAAGCUUCAAAAUAAGAGGCUAUGGGGGCGCAAGGUUUCCAAGCUGGAUGUCUCACAUGCCUAAGUUAGUUGAGCUACGGUUGUUUCAUUGUGCAGGAUGCAAAAGUCUCCCAUCACUUGGUGAGCUUACGAGCCUCAAGCGUUUGGAAAUUGGUGAGCUACCUAUAGUGGAGUACACAGAAAGUGAUCUUCAUGCCCUCUCGUCACUUCCUAAUCUCUCUGCACUAAGGAUAUGGGAGUGUCCUAAGAUGGAAUGGAUUCCACCCCUUCUACAUAUCAAGGAGUUGAAACUUCCUAGUUUUCCUUUGGAGUCGUUGCAAACCUCAGUUGCCACUAUUGAACAUGUAAUUGGUAUGGAUGAUCAAGUGAAGGAUGUACUCAAGUUAUUGGAAAUAGAUGAUGAUGAGGUUGGAGUGCGCAUUGUUGGAAUCCAUGGAACUAAUGGAAUCGGCAAGACAACUAUUGGAAAGGCCGUAUACGACCGACUCUCCUCUUAUUUUAAUAGUUGUAGCUUUCUCACAGAGAUUGGAGAAACAACACAAAAUGUUGGUGGUAUUCAGUUUGUGCAAACUAAGUUGAUUUAUGAUAUUCUUGAGCGAGAUGGGGAUGUUCUUCUUUCAAAAGAGGUAUCAAGUUUUUGUGGACGUAACUCGCAAUCGAAAAGUUCUUAUUGUCAUAGAUGAUGUGGAAGGACAGUCUCAUCUAGAUGAUCUUGUAAGAGACCUGCUUAACUGGUUUGGUUCUGGAAGUCGGAUACUUGUUACUUCAGAAAAUAGUGGAAUUCUCCACACAUAUGUUUCUCAAGGCCUGGCCCGUAUUUAUGAAUUGA